CAACAUCUGCGAACGAUCUGAGACUUUUGCGUGUUGUUGUCAGGUGUUUUCUACAUAACCACGUAACUGAGCGGACUUGGAUUUGUGGACUGGUCUGUCAGCAGAGAGAGAAAUAAAGAAGAACAUGGGAGUAGAAGGAGGUGCUAAAAUCCUUAAAUUUUUGGUUUUCUUUUUCAACUUCAUUUUCUUUGUUUUUGGCUGUGUGCUAAUUGGGGUUGGAGCAUGGGUUCUGGUUGACUCUGGCGACUAUGUGACACUCUCUUCUACAGUGCCUUAUGCAACCGGACCCAAGGUCUUGAUUGCUGCAGGUGCACUCAUUGCAGUUGUGGCAUUCCUUGGAUGCUGUGGAGCCUGGAAGGAGAACCGCUGUAUGCUGGUUAUUUUCUUUAUUUGCCUUCUUGUGAUCCUGGCCUUGGAGUUAGCUGCUGGAAUAUUGGGAUAUAAGAAUCGUGACGAGGUCGAAGAAACUCUGGACAAAGAUUUUAUAGAGGAACUCCAACAGCACUACAAUGAGUCAGGGAGUGAGGGCACCACUAAAGUAAUUGAUACACUGCAGAGAAAGGAGAAGUGUUGUGGCUGGUAUAACCACACAGACUGGUAUAGAUCAAGGAUUGGAGGCAUUCAUCAUACCGUCCCAGACAGUUGCUGUAAAGAGGAAAAGGAAGGUUGUGGAGCCAAAAAGGACCUUUCCCUGCUGUAUAAGGAGGGUUGCAAGAUGAAGCUGGUGGAUUUGGUCAAAAACAAGUUGAAAUAUGUGGGUGCCAUUGCUGUGGCUAUCAUUGUCGUACAGAUUCUUGGAAUGAUUUUUGCUGCUGUUUUGAUCUGCAAGAUUGGUGACGGGUCAACUUAUGCUUAAAACACACAAUCCUGCCAAUCUUCACUUUGAAGAUAGAAUAUGCUGAACAUAACCAAUAAGUAAACUAGAUUUGUGCUGUAGAUUUCUUUAUCUAACUUUUUGUAUUUAACAGGGUUCAAUUUUGGAGUCAUUUUCCUAUGACAAUUUUCUUAUUUGGAACAGUUUAUUGGUUUGGCUUAAAUAAAAAAUUGUUGUUUUGUUUUUAUUUUAUUUUGUGGUUAAUAAGAUAGCCUACUUCAUUUUCUGUUCUUCAUUUCAACAAGCCCUCAUUAAGAGUAGGUCUGGAUUUCAAAGAUAACCUUACACUUUCUCUUAUGACUUUUAAGUAAGUCUGUGUAAGACUUUGCUAUUUAUCUUUCGUGCACACAAGCUUUAGUAUAUUUUUGCUUCUGGAGUAUAUUUUAAGUUACAGCUUUGCAUUUUGUGAUAGCUAGCCUAAGGAUUCAGUUUCUUCACCUUGAGGUUAAUUGUGUCGUCACUUCAGGAUAUCUAUUUAAAUUUUCUAAUGGCUAUAAUCUUGUAAGAGUACAAAAAGCAGUUGGGUACAGUAUAGAGUUGACACAUUCAUACCCUAUUUUCUUGAAUAAGGGCCCACAUUCUGAUAACUGCCCUUCCCUGAGAAAUGAGCUGCCCUACAGUUCAGGCUAAAGUGUCAAACAAACACCUUCCUCACUUUCAUUCAAACUAGGGAUACAAGGAAGACCAGUUUACUUACAACUUUUUAUGCUUCAACUACUUUGGAAUCAAUACUGGUUUGCUGAGUGAGUGUCCUCCUCCCAUCUCAGCUGAAAUUUUAAAUUGACACCAAGGCAGUUAUUUGAGUAAAUAUGGUAUUUGGGAACACAUCUGAAUUUACACUGGCAACAAAAAACUAAGAUUAUAAUUUUCUCUUUAAAUUAAGGAAACAAAUUUUGUGAUGUUAGGGGAUUUCUUGUGGAUAAUCAUGUAAUUCCUAUACAGUACGUAGAUGUUUUAUACAGUAGCAAAGGGGUUUAAGUAGCUCAGUUGGGAAAAGGUCAAACAUUUGUAUCUUGACAUCAACAUCACUGCUGUAGUAAAAUUGUUUGAGGUUUAUCAACCUUA